AUGGUUUAUAUAGAACAGCAGUUGUUUUCAGCCCAACUCCUCUUAUUUGGAAUCGAAUGGAACUUCAAAAUGAGAAGAGCUGAUCACUUGACUAGAGAGCAAAAGAAGAAAGAAGCCGAAAACAUGUUGGGUGUUCAAAGACCAUUGUGUAUCAGGGGUCAAACAUAUGAACCUGAUACAACAAUAUUUUCAUGGAUAAUCUACCCAACAUUUUUGGUGAACCCGAAGCUUGAUCGUGUUGUACUAGAGGGAACAAUCAAGAGUCCUGUCAUUGUAUGGCAUUGUUAUUAUUGGACUGUUAUUAGAUGCAUAUGGAAUCAUCCUGAUGCUAAGGUGGUGUAUUUAGCAUGUGACCUUCUAGGUCAAGAAGAGGUACUUGUGGAAGUUUGUAAAACAUUUGGCUCAAAAAUAUUUAUUCAAGAGGCAAACACUCCGGAAAGCUUCAGCGCUCUGAUGCUUACAAGCCCUCAAAUAAUAACUAUGGAAUCAACAUCCAGAUUUCGAAUGCUUAAUGCUUUUCCCAAUUUACCUGAAAGGGCAAAAGCAAAGGUUGCAGAGGCUAAAUAUAAUUUCCAGCCUGAACCUUUAAUAAUACGUCCAUCAGCUCAAUGGUAUGUGUGUGAUGAUGAGCUUUCAGAACUUGAAAGACAAAUAAAACAAAGGUCAAAUGGACCACUAAAAGAUCAAUUUGACUUUUGGCAUGUAUGUUAUUCUAUGCAUUCCUCAAGAGAAGAGCUGGAGUGGGCUUUGCAACUUCUUGCACCACAGUGGGUUGUAUCAACAACUCCUAACUGUAGAGCUAUGGAGUUAGAUUAUGUCAAAAGACGGUGUUUUGACAUGAAAUUAGCACAUAAUAGUCAUAUAUGGAAGCUUCUAGACAUAGAUGUUGAGGUUCCUACAAAUUCAGCCGCAUCAAUUGAAAAUUCAAGCCAUACAUCUGGUCUAGAUGAUUCUAGUCAAGUAAAGGCAGAAGAAACAGUAAGAAGAAAACUUACUCCUCAAAAGCUACAGAUUAAAUUGUCUCCCCAAAGCAAAAGUUCACCUAUCACAUUAUUUGGAAGAGCAAGGAUUGGAAUUGAAAAUGUUUCUCAUAUGCACGAGGCAAGGGUAUCCCUCAUUAGUGUUUCUUCCCAAGUUGAACAAAAAGUUACCUUAUCUGAAGAGAAUAGACCUAAAAUUAGAAACAAAGAUGAAUCAAUUGAUAUACGGUUGGUUGUUGAUGAAAUGCGAUGCAAAAACCCGGUGGAAGCAGAGAUAGAUGAAAUUUCACCAGAUAAAGAUGGAAUAGCUAUGAAUGUUGCUUCAACCGAAUGCUUUGGUAAAAGCUUUAGAAAUUUAUACAGGUCAAUGAAUGUUCCGGUGCCUCAACCUCUUCCCUCAUUGGUGGAGCUUAUGAAUACUUGUAAGCGUGCAAAAAGGAGUUUAUAGUUAUCAUUUGCUUUUAUCUUCCAAUUUAUCCUAUGAUGUUAGUUAUAGAUAAUUGAGCUUCAUCUCUACAUUGUGCUGCUGAAUAACUAGAGUUUGGUUUCAAAAUGUAAUAGACUUAUUUGGCAUGAGGUGAAAUUGGGGUGGGAUUGAUUCUUAUGUA